GUGCUUUUGAAAAUAAAUCAACAUGUUUUUAAUUUUUAUUUUUAAAAUUACAUGUACAUAUACUUAAUAAAAAAGCGGUUGUAGGGCCGAUAGAGACUACACGUACAAAUGCUGGUAGGCUCGAAUAAUGUUUUCAGUCUUACAAUUUUAUGUAUUCUUACAUGUAGCUGCGCUUACCCUCUAGAAUGCAGCGUCGAAAACUGAGAAAAUGUGAUCGGCUGGAACACUGCAUGUUGGGAAUAUCACUUUAACUACUUAGAUUUAUUUAUUUAUUUAUUUAUUACACUCCAUGAGAUUUACUCGUCAAAUGGCUUUGCCCAGGAAAAUAAGCAAUUUUCUCGUACUCACGAGUCAUUUAUCUAUCCCUCUCUGCACUUGGAUUUGACUUUUGAUAAAAUUCAUAAAAGCUGGUUUUAGCUUAAAAUGACUGGCCAGUCAUAUUAUAACAGUGACCUAUUUCCUAUCCAAGCUCCAAUGGAAAUAUCAUCAUCAGGUCAGUACUUGGUUGAUGCUAUUCAGGCAAGAAGUGACCUAGAACUGGCAUUUGUAUGGAACAGGACAAUUGAUGUAGUUAAAGGAAAGCUUGACAACAGUUAUAUUUUAGAAGACUUGAGUCAAUUUGCUACAAGAAAUGCUGACCUGAUUGUUGAGGUAGCCCAUCCUAGUAUUUCAAAACAAUAUGGAUCAAAAUUUCUACAAUGUGCAGAUUAUAUGGUUGGCUCCCCAACAGCCCUGGCUGAUCAAGAAGUAGAAACUGAGUUGAGAAAUGCAGCAAAGAUCCAUGGACUUUAUAUACCAAGUGGAGCAUUUUGGGGAGGAGAAGAUAUCAAGAAAAUGGCUGAUAGAGGGUCAUUGCAGGGAUUAAAAGUAACAAUGAAGAAGCAUCCUCAAAGUUUUAAACUUCAUGGAAAACUCAGAGAUUUAAAUGACACUGUUAAGACUGAGGCAGCUGUUUUGUAUGAUGGUCCAGUGAGGGAUCUCUGUCCUUUGGCACCUAAUAAUGUCAAUACUAUGGCAGUAGCAGCUAUAGCAGCAUAUAACCUGGGUUUUGACCAAGUGCAAGGAUGUUUGGUUUCUGAUCCAAGCCUGACGGACUGGCACAUUGUGGAGGUGGAUGUAUUUGGGCCAGGUGACAUGAAAUCUGGCACCUGUUUUCAAGUUAACACAUCAAGAAAAAAUCCUUCUAAACUUGGAGCUGUGACAGGCACUGCUACCUAUGCAUCAUUUCUUAGCAGCCUCUUAGGAGCCAGGGGAAAAGGUGCAGGAACCCAUUUGUGCUGAACUCGAGUCAAAAGAACCAGAAUGAUAUUACCUAAACAGCUGAACAAAACUUUGGCACUAGGAAACAAAAACAAUACAAGUUAAAACAUCAUUACAACAAGGCAGUUCUAUAAAGAACUACGAGAGACCAAAAACUAAUUCCAGUUUAAAUACUUAAAAUCUCUUCUUAAUCCUAGAAAAGGCUACAGGCUUUGGCAGUGCUAAAAAUCAUUUUCGGAUCGUCAAUCAGGAAAAGAAAUUUGCUUUGUUCAUCCAAUAAAUCAAAAUCUGGCUUAAAACAUUUAGCAGUUCUUAUUAAAUCAAUAUGAUGAUCAUUAAAAAAAGGACAAUUAAUUAA